AUGAAGUUCGCCUCUGUCCUCCUCGUGCUCGUGGCCAUGAGCGCCUCCACCGUUCUCGCCGCCCCCCACAAGAAUGGCAAGGCUGAAGGGCCUUCUGGAAAGGCCGUCCGUCCGAAAGCCAAAGCUGGAAAGGGCAGCAAGGCUGAUGGUGCUGCGAAGGCCGCUGCUGCUGCUGUUUCCGCCGGGGCUGCUGCCGGUGCCGUAAAGAAUGCGAAAGACAAAAGCAAAAACCAGGCGAAAGGGAAUCAGGCUUCGGACUCUUCGGUCACGAAUUCGACAGACAACGCUGCUGCCGGAUCUAACAGCACAGGUGUCGAUAACUCUGAGGCGUCUAAUGCUGCUUCAUCGACCGCGACGGCCGCUGGUGCAACGCGCACCCGGCCAUGCGACCAAGGAGAUCAAUCCCUGGCGGCAGGUCUAAAUGCAGCUGUCGUUAUCGGCCUGGGUCUUCAAGCUAGUGUUGCAACGCUCCAAAAUAUAUCGUCUCAGGCCCAAUUCGCUGCGAAGGACUUCGCGGAUGGUGUGACCCGUUUACAGCAGUUCCAAGACACCAUGGGUCUCCAGCUGCAGGUAGCGCAGGCCAUCGCCGAUGACGACAGCUUUGCACAGACCCAGCUCAAACUUCUCGCAGCUGCUCAAACGGCGACCUCGGCAACGAUCAAAUCUCUAUCGGGCGUUGCCUCCGCAGCACAGGCUAAGUCUGCCGCCAACACGCUCUCGGCACUGCUCAAUGACUUCCUGACAACGACGAACACCGCCCAGGACGGCGCGUCACAAGCACUCAUCGACUGCUUCCUCCCCCUCACCACUGUGUCGGGCUGA